CGUAACCAACCCUCUGCAUGCAUCUGCGAUCCCUCUUUCUUUUUCACCCCAAAUCAUAAAAAAAUCAAUUUUGCAUUAUUAUUCAUAUCAUGGAACUUGACAUAGUACCAUUUGAUUCAUGUUCCAAAGAGUACCAAAAUCUUUAUGAAGAGUGGUUCAAUUAUGCAGAUGCAGAUGGGGAUGGUCGUUUUACGGGAAAUGAAGCCAUCAAGUUCUUUGCCAUGUCAAACUUAUCUCGACAAGAACUUAAGCAGGUAUGGGCCAUUGCAGAUUCAAAACGAGAAGGAUAUCUUGGUUUCAAAGAAUUUGUCAUUGCUAUGCAGCUUGUUUCUUUAGGACAAUGUGGAUACUCAAUAACACACGAUUUGCUAACUAGUGAUGCUAUGAGACAUGCAAAACCACCCACAAUGGAUGGUUUGGAUGUAUUGCUUACAAAGAAAAAACGUAAACAAAAAGAUAAAGAAUUGAGUGUUAGUCCUCCUCACCCAUCACCGACAAGUAAAUGGUUUACUGCAAAGUCAGCAAAAAAGGUUCCUGCUUCCUCAGUGACAUCAAUUGUCGAUGGUUUAAAAAGACUUUACCUUCAAAAGUUAAAGCCCUUAGAAGUUACUUACCACUAUAAUGAUUUCGUAUCUCCUCUCUUGACAAAUAGUGACUUUGAUGCCAAACCUAUGGUUUUGCUUUUGGGUCAAUACUCAACUGGGAAAACAACAUUUAUUAAGCAUAUGCUUAAAAGCAGUUAUCCAGGAGCUCAUAUUGGACCAGAGCCAACAACUGAUAGGUUUGUUGUUGUCAUGUCUGGACCUGAUGAAAGAAGCAUUCCUGGCAAUACUAUUGCUGUCCAAGCAGACAUGCCAUUUAGUGGUCUUACAACUUUUGGUACAUCAUUUUUGUCCAAAUUUGAGUGUUCUCAAAUGCCUCAUCCUCUAUUGGAGCACAUUACAUUUGUUGACAGCCCUGGAGUUUUAUCUGGAGAAAAGCAAAGAACACAUAGACAAUAUGAUUUUACAGGUGUAACAUCUUGGUUUGCUGCUAAAUGCGAUUUAAUACUUCUUCUAUUUGAUCCUCACAAACUUGAUGUUAGUGAUGAGUUCAAGCGUGUGAUAUCAUCCCUACGGGGACAUGAUGACAAAAUUCGAGUUGUCUUGAACAAAGCAGACCAAGUUGAUACCCAACAACUAAUGAGAAUAUACGGUGCAUUAAUGUGGUCACUUGGGAAGGUGUUGAAUGUUCCUGAAGUCAUGCGGGUAUAUAUUGGCUCUUUCAAUGACAAGACUAUAAAUGAUUCUCUCAGUGGUCCACUUGGAAAUGAACUCUUUCAAAAAGAACAAGAUGACCUUCUUUCAGAUUUGAAAGAUAUACCAAAAAAGGCCUGUGAUCGUAAAAUCAAUGAGUUUGUAAAACGAGCACGAGCUGCUAAGAUACAUGCUUAUAUUAUUAGUCAUCUUAAGAAGCAGAUGCCUGCUAUGAUAGGCAAAGCUAAAGCUCAGCAAAAGCUCAUUGAUAAUUUGGAUACUGAAUUUGUUAAGAUACAAAAGGAGUUCCAUCUACCACCUGGUGACUUUCCAAAUGUUGAACAUUUCAAAGAGACCUUGAGUGGUUACAACAUUGACAAGUUUGAGAAAUUGAACAAAAAAAUGAUACAAACAGUGGAUGACAUGCUUGCUUAUGAUGUUCCUAACCUCUUGAAGACAUUCAGAAAUCCCUAUGGCUAAGUUUGUAAGCAAUUUACAUGGAGAGGAAUUGAUACAAGUACUAAUGUGCAUGACUAUGUGAUCUUUAUGUAUUUGGGGUGCAUAAAUAAGAUUCACCAUUUUUUUUCAAAAAAAAAAAUAUGCAAUGGCUUCACUGACAUACUUGUUUAGAUGAAAUUUUGUAAAAUGUGUACUAAUA